CUUAGAUUUUCUUGAAGAAUUGUUAAUAUCAUUACUUUAACUUAGACCUAGGCCAACAACUCUUUAAAAAAAUUUUCUAGUCUUCCGUUGCAAUAAACUUGUUGUUCAUUACGUUUAACCUAUGUUCAUGGCCUGACAAAGUUGUGCUAAAGAGAUUUAGAUGGGCGCUGACAUUUUGUUUUAAAUCAUUUCAGAGUAAACAUGGCAGCUACUAAGCGCUCACAGGCCGAGCUUCAGAUGAAAUGUAAAAAAGCUCUUCAAACAACAACAGACCCUGUAGAAAGAUUAAGAUUAGCAUGCUUAGCAAGGGGUGCUAAUGGUAUUAAAGGUCUUGCAAGGUAAAAACUUACGAUUAGUACAUUUAUUAUUAUUAUAAUUUUUUUGCUGUUAAUCUAGACAUGUCAAAUCAUGUAAUUAAUUUAAGUAUUUUAUAUAGGCCUAAUUCUAAUAUUAAUAGUAAUCGGCAUAUAAAUUUAUUUUGGUAAUGUGUUUUCUCGUUGCGCUUAGCCCGCAUCCACCUAUUCUCAAUGUUUGGGAAAAUUUGGGACUAGUAGUGCUCUUUUUCCGUCCUAUUUGCACGAGUUUGCUUAUCUUUGGCGAUGCAAACUUAUUUUCACAGUUCAUCAUCACUUUGGCUGACAAUUAUGGAUAAAUGAACAUGCGUUUUCACUAUUGUGUCACUGAAUAAACAUUAAACCGGUUUUAUUUAGUUUUAUAUGGUUUUAAUUAUUUUUUAACAAUUUUUAAACAUUUUAAAUUACCCACGAUAAAAAACAAUGUUACCUUUGUUUUUUUAAGUAGACCUGUAAAUAAAACUAAUAUUAUUUUUCUCAGUAAAUUCCCAUGGAUUGAUUUGGAAUAGGAAAUGCCAUUGACACUUUACGAAUGUCACUUCUUGGAUGAUUUGUUAAAAGAAUAGACCUUGGCCAUACAAAAAUAAUAGAGUUAGCUUACUUAUUUAUAAGUUAUAAGAUUUUGCAGAAAUUUAAAAGAUAAAAUUUUUCAUAUAAGUCUAAGUAUAAGAAAAUGAAUACACUUAAACAGGUAAAUCUUUUGUACAUAUCUCCAUGUCUAAGCCUUAGCCACUUUUGGGCAACAUUAUAUACCUAGAAGUUUCUCAGAGUUUCUAUUUGAUAUAUUUUUAAUAUAUUUUUCUUUCAGGACAUUUAAAAUCAUGGAUGAUGAUGAAAACAGAAGUUUAGAUAAAAAAGAGUUUAUGAAAGGCAUGCAUGACUAUGGGCUGACAGAAUUUGAUAAAACUCACUGUGAUGAACUGUUCAGCAUAUUUGACAAAGAUAAAAGUGGAACAAUUGACUUUGAUGAAUUUUUAACAAGACUGCGAGUAAGUAGCCUGAAUUUUUUAAUCUGAUUUUGCUGUAUCAAGAGUCGAUAGUCAACAUAUUUUUCAGGGUGGCCAUGCAUUUAAAUACACAUUGUUUUUAUUAACCUCAAUCAAAAAUGUAACACUCAACAUUUUUCAAACUUGGAUUUUUCACUCAUCAUUACCGUAAUUAAAAAUGCCAUGCAUUCAUGCAAGUGAUUAAUCUUGUUGUCCUAUUACCAAUAUAGGCAAAGGCUUUGAUUUUCCAAAAGUUAGUGUACAUGGUGACAUUAAAUACAUUAUUUAAUUUUUUUUAAGUCAUAAUUUGUAAAAAAUAAUUUUCAGCCCCAUCAAUAUGAAUUCCUGCCAUGCAAAUAAAACCUGGCAAAAACUAGAUAUAAAAAGAUUUUGUGUCAAUUCUCGUUUUAAAAAACAUACAAGAUGAAAUGAUGUGUGAGGGAUUUGAGAUAAAGAAGAUAGUCCUAUUAGCUUUUUUUUUUAAUUGGCUUGCAUCAGUAAUUAAUAAUGAUGAAUUAAAAUUUUCAGCCAGCAAUGAACUCAAAUAGAAAAAAUCUGAUCUACCAAGCCUUUAGAAAAUUAGAUAAAUCUGGUGAUGGUGUUGUCACAAUAGAAGACUUAAAGGGUGUUUACAGUGCAUCAAAACACCCUAAAUAUCUCAGUGGUGAAUGGACAGAAGAUCAAGUUUUAAGGCAGUUUUUGGACUCCUUUGACAGUGAUGAUAAAGAUGGCAAGGUAAAAUAACUUUAAUUAUAGAACAUUACUAAUUAGCAUGAGCGAGUUUUGCAUGGGUUCGUUCAGGUUUUUUUUUUUGUUUUUUAUUUUUUUUCUGUUUCUUUUCCUUUUUGAAUAAGUUAAUGUAGUUUAGCAAAUUUAUAACUUUUUGGGUGAAAAUAAGUUUUUCAGGGGAAAUAUUCAUUUCACAUGGAUAAUGAGAAUGGUCUAUAUGUUCACCUAUCUUGCUGUUGUAUUUAUGUUCCCCCGUCUUUUUUUUAAAGAUUUUGGAACAGAUUUUACAGCCUAUAAAAGUUAAGAAAAAAAACUUGAAUUAGUUAAGCCUACAUAAGGGUAUCUUUAAAUUUAGGUCCACCAUUUAAAAAAAAACAAAAAGAAAUUCAUAAUGUUUAAAUCCUCAUUUUAUCAGUCUUCUUAUAAAACUUUUAUUAAUAAAUAACUUUAUUUUAUCAUAAACAUUAUCCCUACUUCAAAUAUUAUGAUUUGAACUUUGUUCUUAGUUUGUUAUAUAUGAUUGAGUUACAGAAUAAAUGAAUGUAAAGUCAACUAAUACUUAUUUAAUGGAUGAAAUAAAUUUAAAAAAUAAAUGUUAUUAUAAAUUAAGUUAAUAAUAAGCAGUUGUAAUAAAUUUAUUUUGUGAACUUAUUUCUAAUAUAAAAAACACAUUACCUAAAUAAGACUUAUUUAAAUAUCAACAAAUCUUUCUAUUCCACUUCUCUGUGUGUUUGAAAAAUUGCUUAAAAUGAAAGAAAUUGAAAAAAGUUCAUUACCUUGAUUGUACAAGUGAAUAUUAUUGUUCAGCACAUUGGUUUUUUUCUAAUUUGCUACAACAGGGUCAGGUAAUAUUAAAGAAAUAAAUUGAAUCUAUAUGGUUCAUCACCAUUCACCAAGUUCCUUGUGUAGUUCACCUCAUUAUGUUGUAACUAGACAACAAGAGUAACAUAUUAACAGUGAUUAACAAAACACCAAUUACUACAAUAAUAAUUAGUAAUGAUUAUAAAAUUUUCAAAAAGCACAGUAUUUUAAUUUGAAAAUCAAAGUGAUAAAAAGUUGUUUUUUUAAAUAUAAUAUUGACUUAUUAGCUUUCUAACUUAGUAUAGGUGUAUUAUACAGAUGAAAAAUUGUCGUCCCAUAUGAGUAUCUAAAAAUAUUUUAAAAGUUUGUUAAAGCUGCAUUAAGAAGCAUCAUUUUCUUUUUUUAAAUUUGCAUUUAAUUUCCAUUUUAUUAAAAAAUUUCAAUGAUAACUCAGAGCUUAGAAUCAGGGAAUCUAGUCUUUUAAUUUUGUGUUUUAAAUGGAAGUAGUUAAAAUUUGUUACGCUUAACUUAUUAUAGUUUGUCAUAAGGAAAAAAUAAUAAUAAUGUUUAGCUAUUAUAUUAUUUAUUAAAAAUAUCAGUUUUACACCAAAUUUAAAUUUGUGGUGGCAUUUUAUUUUUAUUCGCAUUUAAUUAAAAGCCAUGGUUCAUGUAGUAGUUAAACAUCUACUUCCAGUUCAAUUUUUGCCCCUUGAAGACUUUGCAGCUCACUUCAUUAUAAUUAUACAUGUAAUAAAUAAUUUGUAAUCCAGCUAAUUUUGGAAAGUUCAUAAACAAGGUUUCUAAAUAAUUUUAAUACCUAAGUUAAUUAAGUGAGGUAAAUUAAAAACUACUAUAAUAUUAUUUUUUAAAUGUCAAAUUUUCUUAGCGUAGUCCAUUUUGAAAUUUUAGCUAUAUUUUUCCUAUUUCUAUAAAAAGAAAUAAUAAUUUAUUUUUAAAAAUAUGUUAUUUUCUACAACAUCAAAUGAUAGAAACAUGAUUUUUUUUUAAAAAUCAAACAAUUCAAAAAUGAAAGUAAUGGAAAGAAUCUCAGCCUUUAUUUCUAUAAAAAAGAAAUAAUAAUUUAUUUUUAAAAAUAUGUUAUUUUCUACAACAUCAAAUUAUGAUAGAAACAUGAUUUUUUUAAAAAAUCAAACACUUUAACUAUUUAAAAAAAAAAAAAAAUGAAAUUUAAUGGAAAGAAUCUCAGCAUUUAGAAAAUAUGACUUCUUAAGUCACACUACUGAAACAAGUCAGACAGGCAUCCGGACUAUGACUUACCUGGAGAUAAAAUGCAAAAAUAGAUCAGAAUAUACUAACCUGUAUUGUGAUUCCAGACCCUUGUGAUGAAUGUUGUUCUUUGUUUUAGUGCUGACUGUCUAUUUACAGAUUACUCAAGAUGAGUUUGAGAAUUACUACACUGGAGUGAGCGCUUCAAUUGAUAAUGAUGCUUAUUUUGAUCUCAUGAUGCGAACAGCCUGGAAAUUAUAGCUCAUGUUACUGCCCAUUAAAUCGUUGACAUCUUUAUUAAAUUCCAUCCUUACUAUUAAUCAAAAUCUUCAUACUAGAAUAAAUUGUUGCCCUGUAUAUCGAGACAGUUUAUACAUUACAAUCAUUGUAUAACUUUGAGAAUUUAAUAAUGUUUACAUCAAAGCAUUUUUUAAAUUCAAAUAUGCACAUAAUCUUAAGAAAAAUCAGUGCUGGCUUUACCGGCGCCUUUGAAUCCUUAUCAAAAAAUGUAUGCCCACCUAACUCAGACUUUUUCCUGCUAAAUUCACCUUCUUUACUUAUGCGUUGAACAAGUUUUUCUUUCCAUCAUGGUUUGCCGUUUUCUUCUCAUUUUGCACAAAUUGAAAACUUGUGAUCAGCAAGAAUUAAUGGACCAUCACCUUUGGGUUUUAGUUCAAUUUCUUGAUCUCUACUUUUGAGUGUGAUGGCGGCUCUAACAUAAUUUACAUCAACGAUGCAGUUUUCAAUAAACAUUAUUGAGACUGGCAUCAAACAACCCAUAAAAAAAUGGUUUGUUUUUUCUCUAUACAUAUGCCUAAGAAUACUGGACAACAGAAACCUUAUGGAUUUCAUAAAAAAAGUAUUAGUUACAUAGGCUGUAGACAUUUAAUGCUUGAUACAUCUCAUCUAAAGCUUUGGACUUUUACUAAAGUCAUGUUGUUAGAAAACAAAAAUAGGUCUGACCUCUGUUUUUCUAACUGCUUGACAACAUUUCUUAAAAUUAAAGGAUAAUUUACUAUUUCCUUUUUUAUUCCUUGUUCCUCUGUAAAUCAAAUUGUCUCAAGGAACCUCUUCUUUUUGACAGCAUCCAUGCGCUAUUUGAUGAAUGUUGUACAAUAAUAGCAUUUGAGUUUUUUGUACACCAAUUAUUUUUGUAACAGUAGAAACUUCAACUAUUAGAUUUUACUCUUAAAUACUUGAAAUUUUUUUUAAUGAAAUUUUGCUUUUAUGAAUUUUAUUUGCUUUUAAGUAAUAUUUGUACUUGUUCAUAAAGAAACUAGAUUAACUGAAUAGAAAUCAGUUACUUUGAUAUUGUGAAUUCAUUUUUGGUUAUAAACAAAAGGCUAUUAAUGAUUCCAUAGAUGGAGACUAUUUAUUCUGUAGUUCAACAACGUGGUCUAAUUUAGUGACUUUUACAACCUUCUAACUUUUAGCUCUUUGAACUUUUUUAGAUUUUUAAAAAUCCUGAGUGCGUUAGUGUGUUUUGUUUAUAAAUUCAGUUUAAUUUUUAAAUGCAUGUUUCAUUAAGUUUAAAUUUACAUAUGGAGAAAUCUUUGAUUUUAAAUGUCACUUUAAAGAUAUGAAUCUAUUUUAUCAUUCUAGUUAUUUAUUUUUAUGUAAGUGUAUUUUAGCAAAUUUUUAUUUGUAGCCUAGGUUAAUAUAUUUUUCAGUUUAUACCAAACUUUAUAUAUAAUGUACAAGAUCUAUUAAAAAAAAUUAAGA